AUGACUAAUACAAUUCAAAAUGUAUCAUUAUGUGUUGAUAAUAUACAGAUCCCUUCAAUGAUAUCGGAAUUAUCAUGGAUGAAUCAAUCGGAUUUAUGUUCAGGAAUAACAACUAUGAAGAUGACGGAGAUAGCAGAAACAGCGACAACAACGAUGACGACAACAACAACAACGUCAUCAUCGUCAACUUCAUCUACAUCUUGUAGUGAUUAUCAUUUUGAUGGAUCACAUCAUUUACAUAUGUUAUUUCGAUAUCCUCAUAAAUAUAUAGGAAAAAUUCCAAAAAAUAUACCUAAAUUAAAACAGAAUCAAGAAUCAGACUUAAAAUAUCAUCAAAUACAAUCCAAUAAUGAUUUACGUAUAAAACUUGAACGUGAAUUAUCUCAAAAAGUACGUCAAGCUGUAAAAACUCCACCACGUGAACGUAUUAUUCGUAGACGUUUAAAUGAAUUUCAUUAUGAAAUAAAUAAACGUUUAAAAAAUGAAGAAAAGAAAAAACAACUUGUUAUACAAAUGAAUGAUAAGUUAAAUUUCAACGUAACAACAAAUACUACUAAUACAAAUAUAAGUAGUUCAAAUAAUAUGAAUAAUAUAAAUGUAAUGGAUUUACGUAUGCAUCCAGAAUCAUAUUAUCAACAUUUAAAUUGGUCUAAAAAAUCUAAUAUAAACAUGAAUAGUCAAAGUAUAUUAUGGAAUAAAAAGUCUGGAUUAUCAAAGAAAGAGAUAAACAAUUCAACAUUUGUACCUGUUACCGAAAAUAAUCAUGAAAAUAGUUACUAUGAUAAUCAAAUUUCUUUAGAUAGUAAUGAAGUGCAUAAGAAUGAAGAUACAUCUGAUAGUAAUCAAUCAUUAUUAUACUACUUAAAUAACAAUUCUAUUAAAUCCUAUUUACAUGAUCAUCAUUCAUUUAAUAAACCACUCAAUAAUGAUUCAUUUAUUAAUUGUAUAUCAAAUAAUACUACUUAUUCAAAAUAUCUAAUGCAUAAAUUACAUAAUUAUAAAAAUACCAUUCUAAACUUAAAACAAUCCUUAUUACCUAUUUCAUCCAUUCAUCCAUCCACUUCUAAUCAUUUAGAAUAUAAUCAUGAAUAUGAUCAAUUAUUAAAUGAUACAUUUACAUUUGAUUGGAAUAUAAAUGAAUCAAAUGUUGAUCGGGAUCAAUCUAUUGAUAAUGAUCAUAAUGAUGAUCGUAAUGAUGAUGAUCAUGAUGAUGAUCUGGAUCAUACUAUAACUAAUCAUAUACAUAAAUAUUAUCAAAUGCGAUCUAGUUAUUUAACUGAUGAAGAUAUACAAUUAAUACAUAAAUAUUAUGAGAAAUUAUAUAAGAAUAAAAGGAUAUUAGAUAGAAUGAAUAGAAAAUUAGUAAAGAAUCAUUUAUGUACACGUCAAUCGAUUAUGGAAAAAUUUGGACGAUUAACUGAUGGUGAAAAACAAUUGUUUUAUUUCAGUGGUACUAGAACAGCUUAUCUAAUGGCUACAAUUCAAUCUCAAUAUAAAUUACCUGAUGGUACACAAUAUCGUUUAAUGAAUCAAUCAACUAAUAAACCAUUAGAUUAUGUAAUAAUCAAUAAUUCAUUUAUUGAUCAAACAAUAAAUGAUUGUUCUUCUUCUUCUAAAGUUAAUAAUUCUAAUAAUCAUAAUACCCAAACAACAAAUUGUUCAUUCAAUACACUUCCUACAUUGAUCGAUUGGAAUGCAGUUGUUCGUGAUAGACAUGGACCAUUUUGGCCACAAAAUUAUGGACCCAUCUGUCAAACAAUAUCUAAUUUACAUAUAGAAACAAACAAUUCGAAUGAUCCUAAUGUUAAUAAACCAACCAUUCCUGAUUAUACUGAAGAGAUGAAUCAACUAAAAAACAAGCAACCUUAUUUCAAAGAAAUACGAGUUAUUUUCGAUUCAGAAUGUAGUCCUUGUUUAUCAGGAACAUCAAGUACAUCAAUAUCAUCUCCCUUAGAUAUAAAGCAGUUAGUUGAAGAGUUAACCAACGAUCAACAAUGGACACCACCAUGUUUAGUCUUUGAAUCGAGAUUUGAAUCAGGAAAUCUACGACAAGUUAGACGAAUAGGACCAUUUCAUUAUGAAUUUUUAUUAAAACCGGAUCUAUAUACAAAACGUCAUGUACAAUGGUAUUUUUUUCGUGUACAAAAUAUACUUCCUGGUUUUAUUUAUACAUUUCUUAUUGUAAAUUUUACAAAACCAACAAGUUUAUAUUCACAAGGUUUACAACCUUUAUUGUAUUCAAAAAUGAAUUAUCAACAAAAUGGUAAGAAAUGGAUACGUGUUGGAAGAAAUAUCAAAUAUACACGUAAUACAAUGAAUUUAUCCAAUCAUUUACUUGAUACAAAUAGUGAAUAUUAUCAAUUGGAAUGGGAAAUGGAAUUUCCUUAUGCCAAUGAUAUUUGUUAUUUGGCCUAUUCCUAUCCGUACACCUAUACAAAUUUAAAAUUUGAUUUGAAUGAAUUACUUAUUAAAUCAAACGAAAAUGAAACAUUGAACAAAACAAUUAAUUGUGAAGUAUUAUGUCAAACUAGAGCUGGCAACUCAUGUUUCCUGGUUACAAUUACUGAUCAAAACAUACCAAAUAAAGAUAAAUAUGCAGUUGUAAUCACUGGUCGUGUUCACCCUGGUGAAACCAAUUCUAGUUGGAUAACUUAUGGAUUAUUGAAAUUUUUAACAAGUAAUCAAUCAAUUGUAUUAACAUUGAAAAAACAAUAUAGUUUCUAUAUUAUACCAAUGUUAAAUCCUGAUGGAGUAAUUGUUGGAAACUAUAGAUGUUCACUAACAGGGAGAGACUUAAAUCGUAAUUAUCGUCAACCAAAAAAAGAUGUAUUUCCAACUGUAUGGACAGUGAAACAACUUGUGAAAUGGUGUAAAAAAACAUAUAAAGAUGUUAUUUAUUGUGAUAUGCAUGGACAUAGUCGACGGAAUAAUAUAUUCAUGUAUGGUUGUGAUCCAUUAUAUAGACAUUCUAAAAUAUUUAAUAAUACUAAGAAAUCUUUACAUGAAAGAAUACUCCCAUAUAUCAUAUCUCAACAGGCCACUUCGUAUUUUUCAUUUCCAAAUUGUCGAUUCACUGUUCAUCCAAGUAAAGAAUCUACAAGUCGAGUGGUAUUUUGGAGAGAAUUUGAAGUGAUCAAUAGUUUCACAUUAGAAGCAACAUUUAAUGGUUCAACUUUACAAAAAAAACUUAAAGAAACUCUAAAGAACUUAGCACAACAAACGCUUACCAAUUUAUGGAUGACAAAAAUUCCAUUGACACCUGAAAAUACAAUAUCUGAAGAACAUAAAGAUAAUCUAUCAAUCCUCAAUAAGAAACCAUAUGAUUUUAUCAAAUCACAAUUAUAUACUACUAAUAAGCAAUUCUUUCAGUCAACUAUUAAUAAUCAUAAUAAUAAUAAUGAUUCAAUAUUAAAUUAUUCAUUAAAUGAUCCCGAUCAAAUUGAUGGUGAUCAAAUCAAUAAUGAUCAAAUGAAUGAUUCGUUGGAACAAUUAGCUAAAGCAAUACAUGUAUUAGAAAAAUCAAUAGAAUUACAUAAUAUUGAAUUGAAUGAAAAUGAAUUAUGUAAUACAAAUGAUAAUGAUAUAAGUUGUACUUCAGAUUCAAAUUCAGAUAGUGAACCAGAAAUGACAAUCACUGAUCAAAAUUCAUUAAAUCAAUAUUACAAUUUACGUGGUGAUCUUAUUUUAACUAAUCAAAUACAAACUAUCCUAUCAGAUCAGUCAAAACAAUUGAAACAGUCUAAUAAUACUGAUCAUGACAUCACAAGAUCAUAUAAAUUGAAGAAAAGAAAAAAGAACAAGAAAAAGAAAUUACAAACACUUCAUGAUCGUCAUCUUCGUCAUCGUCAUCAUCCUCGUCAUCAUCAUUAUCAUCAAUUCUCUUCUAUACAAAAACAAUCAUACAAAAAUAUUUCAUCGAAUCAAAGUCAAAACAAUGAUAAUUCUACUAUUCAUUCAAAACAAUUAUCAUCUAAUUCAACUUCAUUAUCACCACCACUACCGCCAUCAUCCUCAUCAACAUCAUCGUCAUCAUCACCUAUAGAAGGAAAAGGUACAUUAUCUGAACAGAAUCAUAAAGAAAGACUAAGUAGAAGGUUAUAUUAUCUUAAUAAAUAUACUGGACAAUCAAAUCAUGGUAUACCAUGUUUUGUUGAGAAAAGAUUAUUUCAUCGUUCAUGUCAGCGAAUUCGUACAGUUUGGGAAAAUAUCGACUUGACUAAUGCGCAAACAAUACAUGCUCAACGAAAAUUUGUGGAACGAUUUAUAAACAAUUUAGAGACAAAAAUCUCCAAAUUAAAGUCUACUGAUAAUGUUACAAAUAUUGAUGUUUUAAAAUAUUUAAAACAAAUACAUUUGGAAGCAAAACAUCAAUUACAAUUAAUUCAAAGUCAAUUAAUUGAUAAAAAUCAUCCAUACAAAUCAACAAUGAUCCAUGAAACUAUGACAACAAUAACUAAUAAUAUUGGAAUACCAUAUCCUCCACCGUUACCAAAUUUUACUACUACAGGUCAUCAUAUAAAAACACAUUCAGCAAUAAUAACUACCACUAACAACAGUACAGCCAAAAGAAAUAUGCCAAUAGUAGAAGGCGGAAGAAUUGAAAGAAAUAACAAUGAUUUAAUUCCUCGAAGUAGAUCAUGCAAUCUGUUUCUAAGGAAUAAUAAUAAUAAUAUCAAUAAUAAUGGUAAUAAUAAAGACAAUAAACUUCUUGAAUUGCCUAAAAUUAAAGAGAAAAUAUCAGAAAACAAUAUUAUGUAUCAUUCUAGAAACAAUUCUAAUAUCCUUGAUGGUAUAGACAUGAAAGUUUAG